AUGCUGGACUUGCUAGAUCGAGACCCACGACCUACUUUCGUUACCGAUACGUCGCCAGACAGCUUGAAGACCGAAAAUGGAUGCCUUCUGGAAUACUGGAAUCCGGCCAUGGCCGCCACCGACCCGGGAGGCUUGCUGCAGUUACUCAGCCGAGAAGGUGGUGCAUACGGUACCAACGCGAAGGGCUAUGCUCCAUUCACCCAAUUUCAAAGCUGGUCUUUGAAACAAGAUACGACGAAUGAGCCCUUUCUCUACCAUGGUUUCAAUUGGAUGAAGAUUCACGUGGCUAGCCGAUGGAACGUCAUAAGUGGUGCAGCCGCCACCACGUGUACAGGCAGUGGAGGAUCUGAAAUAAUACCUUUAAGUCGGAAAACAUCCAAAACAAAACCCCCAAAUUUUGAUUGGACUGAUGAGCUUCCUCCACUGCGCUUGUCGCCACACGGGGCAUGGGCACGCAGCAUCGAUUGGGCUUCCACGUCUCUUGGCCCAAUGUCUUCCUGGUCAUCUCAGCUACGAAGCAUUGCUAACCUUGUUAUGCAAGACCCAAGGCCAGCGGUAGUAUUUUACGGACCUGAUCUGAUCAUGAUCUACAACGAAGCAGAGAUAGAGCUCUUGGGCGGUUUCCACCCUUGCAUGGGUGUUAGUGCUCGUGUUGCACUUGCUUCGGUCUGGGGCGAAUAUUUUGAGCCUAUCAUAGAUAAGAACCUGGCUGGAGAGACAGUAGAGAAAACCAAUACUGCCAUACACAUGGUACGCAAUGGUUUUAUGGAAGAGACAUACUUCUCCUUGAAGUUCAUACCUAUUUUUGACUCGGAAGGUAUCACAGUUGGGCAUUACGAGCCCUUGGUAGAGACGACUAAGCAAGUUAUCACGCAAAGACGUUCACGCACACUGUUGGAGUUGAGCGAAGAAAUACCGAGAGCGCGUAACACAGACACAUACUGGGUUCUCGCUACUGAAGUUUUAUCACGCAAUGACAAAGACGUUCCUUUUGCUUUACUAUACUCGGCUGAAGCAGACGGCCAUGGGUCGGAGUCGAGCAGGACACGGUUUUCCGAUACGAACCAGCAACACUGCAAGCUGCGCGGCUCAUUUGGCUUGCCGAAAGGUUCACCUGCAGGUCCCGAUCAUCUCGACUUCCAGCAAGACCAUGGCUUCACGCCGUACUUCCGUCAAGCGCUCACAGCCCGCAAACCGAUAAUCAUUCGGUUCGAUCAAGAUCCUGUGGCUGCAGAUUUAGUAAAAGAUGUUGACUGGCAAGGCUUCGGUGACCCCUGCCGAGUGGCAGCUAUUUGCCCGCUAAAUCCAACCUCUUCAAAGGAUAACAUCCUUGGCUUUAUGGUCAUCGGAAUCAAUCCUCGCCGGCCAUUCGACGAAGACUAUCUUCAGUUCAUCCUCGUCGCAAGUCGACUAUUGUCUACUUGCUUGACUUCAAUUCUACUUCAUGAAGAGGACAUUGGGCGCCGAGAGCGGACUAUUGCCAAUGCUGAAGCAAUGAAGUUCCAACUCAAACAACAAUUGACACUAUCUCAACAGGAGUCUGAGCGGAACUUCUCCAAGUUCAAACGCUUCGCGGAACGUGCCGACAUUGGUAUAUUCCUUAUAGGCAUGGAUGGGGUCUACUCGUACAGAAACGAAGCUUGGUUCGAGAUGCUCGGUCCAGUGGAUCCCGCAGUCGAUCUCAAUGAUGCAUGGAAAAUGCUCAUUGAUGAUGAGUUUGUUGAAAUGGGUCAACAAAAGUUCGAAGCACUCGUCAAGACUAAACAACACCAGUCGUUCGAGUUACGUCUCAAGAAGAGAUGGAAUGCGCCGAGUCAGCAUUUGGAUGAUACAUAUCCCGAGAAAGAGCCAAUGUGGGUCAUCACAUCGAUCUUCCCCGAGCUCAAUGAUGAAGGGGAAGUAAUAGAGAUCAUUGGUUGCUGCACUGACAUCAGUCAGCAGAAAUGGGGCGAGAAGCUACAGGCUACCCAGGCAACAAGAGCUCGGGAGUCUAAGCGCAGUCUGGAGAACUUUAUCGACACGACGUCGCACGAGAUGCGAAAUCCUCUUUCUGCCAUCGUUCAAUGUGCAGAUAGCAUCAUUUCAGCUCACAAAAGCUUCCACAGGUCGACAGACUAUCAGAAAGCCUACCAAAGCAUACUGGAGACCACCUUGGACGCUGCCGAAACCAUUGUUCAGUGCUCGAAGCACAUGAAGACCAUUGUUGACGAUGUGCUUACCAUGUCCAAACUGGACUCAGGGUUGUUUGUAAUGACCCCAGUUGAUGUAAAGUUCGAUUCGAUUGCAAGAGAUGCGGUGAAGAUGUUCGAAGGUGAGGCCAAGUCAGCUGGCGUGGAUCUGCGAUUCCAACUUGAGGAUUCAUGCAAAAAAAUUAAAGUUGAUCAUGUUUCGCUCGACCCGACCAGGGUGUUACAGAUACUCAUUAACCUUAUUACCAACGCCAUCAAGUUCACACGACUGGAAGAGAUACGAGAAAUCUCUGUGAGCCUGGGUGUCUCUCUUCAGCAGCCAACCCACAGUUUUAGCGUGCCGUUCUCACGUAGUUCGGAAGCCUCGGAGGCGGCGACAUUACAAGCGGAUUGGGAAAAGGGCGAGCUAGUCUAUAUCAUCUUUUCCGUGCAGGACACGGGUCGUGGCUUGAGCGACGAAGAACACCAGCUUCUUUUUGCUCGCUUCUCUCAAGCCUCUCCACGUACACAUAUCGACUAUGGUGGUUCCGGUCUCGGUCUCUUCAUCUCACGACGCCUCACUGAAAUGCACGGCGGCGCCAUUGGUUUCGCAUCCAAAGCCGGCAUCGGAAGUACAUUCUCCUUUUACGUGAAGAGCCGCAGGAGCACAAUUCGUCCCCACUUCAACCGUAAGGAAAGCGAUGCUAUCGUCAGUCUGAGUAUACGCGCCCAAGAGACGCUACUUUCCAGCCGAUCUCACAACGAAACGGAUGAAACGCCCGAACCUGCCGUUCUUGCGAACGAUAUACCACACAAGGAUCUCCACGUUCUUAUCGUCGAAGACAACCUUGUGAACCAGCGCGUCCUCGCCAAGCAACUACGGAACACAGGCAUGCAAGUUGCUGUUGCAAACCACGGUGGGGAAGCCCUUGAAUACCUGCGCAUGACGAAGUACUGUAUUUCCGAUGGCUCUGGGAAGCCUUUGGCGCUCAUCCUGAUGGACUGGGAGAUGCCUGUCAUGGAUGGAUUGACAUGCGUCCGAAAUAUCAGAGAGCUACAGAAGGAAGGUGUUGUGAGAGCACACGUGCCUGUUAUCGCGGUAACGGCUAAUGUUAGGAGCGAGCAGGUAGAGGUGGCGCUCAAGGCGGGCAUGGAUGAUGUGAUCAGUAAACCAUUUAGGAUACCAGAACUUUGUGCUUGUAUACAGAAGACGUUAAGGAAUACGGCUAGAGCGUAG